AUGGAAUCAGGGCAAAAUGAUGUUGUGAUCGAGCACUGGUAACAGUUACUUACUCCCUAGUUAUAUCUGAAGAGUAUUUUUCUCAAUAUUUGAGUUAAGUAGAUAUCAUGGAAAAGACAAUAUGUUCGUUUUAAGCUCAUGCAAUAUUUUUUAUAUAAUACUCAUACUACUUUUAAUAAUAUUAUUUUUCUCACUGAAAAAUGUCGAUAAAUGAAAAAACUGGUCUUAUAAGAUUCUACACUAUUACACAAAUAAGUAGUACUCGCAAUAAAAUAUAUCUUUAUUAACUAACUCUCUCAGUAAUAAUUAAAGAUUGUUUAUUUAUGGGAGGUUUUAGUACAAAAAUUUAAAGUAAUAAAUUUAUUUCCAUGGGCAUUUUCAAGUAAAUGUCAAAAAUGCAAAUUUUGACAUUUACCGUCUAAUAAUAGGAAAAAAUUUUAUCUGUUAAUAUAAAAUUUACUUUUGAAAAUUUUAUGCAAAAUAUCCACAAAUAGCAAGAAUUGGUUAUUACUAGGAUGAGUAAGUAAGUUAGUAAAAAUUGUAAGGCCCAUGAUUGGUGCACAAAGCAUGAAGAAGCAAAAUAUACUUCAUUUUAUGAGAAGACCAGAGCGGAGAUCGAGUCUCAAUGUCCAGAAGUUAUUGUUCAUGAAAACUAUGAGCACCCCAUGCUACGUCAAAUUUUAGAAGCCAGCUCAAAACGAAGCCCUUUUCCAAAGCCUUCAUUUCCAAGGAUGGGUUCAUUUGAAGUUUAUUUUCGCGGACAAGUAAUUUCAUCGAAGCUCCAGUCUGGUGUUUGGCCACACCCAGGGGCAGUUGCAAGCAAAAUUCGAGAAAUUUUAGAUGGUGUCCAGCAACCCCGCCAAGCAAAAACUCAAAACGAUUUUAAUCCUCGAAAAAAUAAUGCCUCACCACCAAGAGCUGCUCAAGCAACCCAAAAGCCAAAGCAAGCCCCAGCAAAGCCUGCGCAAGCAAAGCAAACUGCCAGUAGAGGUAAUGAAGAAGUGAGGAAAGCAGAAGAGCCUAAGAUAGAGCAGCCUAAAAAAAUUCAUAGUCCUGAGUAUGAUUACAAUUUUGAAAAUGACUCAAUGCCAAGGUCUCCUGUCCAGCAACCCUACGAAGAGCACGAAGCUCACCCAAAGAAAGAAGAAAAGCAUGAAAUUAUUAAAGAACAGCCUCCACACCAUGAAGAGAUAAAACAUGAAACGAAACCGGCUGAAGCGGCACAUGAAGUUCACCAGUCUUUUCAUAGUCAGAAUUCAGAAGUGCAUGAAAAUGUCCAUCAUGAGCCUCAUAACCAUACUGAACUUCAUCAAACCCCCCAAGAAGAGCCUCACUAUAGUGAAGCCCAAAGCCGGCAAGACCCAUCGUAUCAGGAAGAGUCAUAUCAUGAAGAGCACAAGAGUUUCCAUGAAAGCCAGCAUGAAGAUCCUUCUCAUCAGCCUUCAUACCAGCAAACUCCAACUAACCAGUCAUAUCAUGAAGCUCCUUCUCAAAAGUCAUUUGCGCAAGAAGAAUCAGCCCAUCAGACUCCAUCCCACUAUAGCCAAUCUCAUACAGGCUCUGCCCAGCAAACUCCAUCACAUCAUGAAACUCCUGCUAACUUCCCACCUCUGUGAGUUAGCAAAAUCAUUGGGAAAAAUUCCUAUAUUUUCAAUAGUAAAAAUCUGCUUUCCGUAUCAGAACAAAAAAAUUGUUUUUAGAAUAUUUAAUGAAAUAAUCUAUUGAUAUAUAAGUGAUAAUUAUUAUAAUGAAAACUCUAGCUAAUUCUGUUUAAUUUUAAACAACUGCAUUUUAAAACAUAAAUUUUACAAAUUAAACUAAUUCCCGCCAAUUUUUGAGAACUGGAUUUCUUGAAAUUAAAAAAAAAUACUCUUCACAAUUUUCGAAUUUUCGCCAUCAUUGGCGAAUGUCCAUUGUCCCAACAGAAGAAAAAGAAACCAGAUUCUGAGGCUGAGCACAAAAAUCUCGGCCUCAGAGGGCCACGGAGUUGGAUGAAGGCGACUUUUCCGGGGUGGGCGGCGGCUUGGGCUGACUGGGCCUCCCCUCGACCCACAGACGAGAAGACCGACGGCGCAAUGCCAAUCAGGCACUUCUGGAGGAGCAUUAUGCUGCCUGUAAAUGGCGGAGGUAGUUCCAGAAGGAGGCUUUGGACGUUUCCCUCAUACCCUGAGCACUACCAGGGGUAAGAGAGUCCUUUGCUGAAAAUUUUGGCCCAAGCAGGUUCGGGUGAGUCUCCCCGAAAGAUGUCGACGUCACCAUUUUUGAUGACGUCGACAGAAAAGGGCGUUAGGUGGCUUUAGUGCUUAGUGCCACAUGAAGCACGAAGCUGAAGUCCGACUGGCUAGGGGCUGAAAGAAUUCCCGCUUAACCUCUCUAACUAAUCUCUCUCUCACAAUUUUCAGAUUAGCACUCUGCAUAUAAUUUUUUUUGACCUGUGAAAGUCUGUAAAUUUCAGGUUUUCAUGUAUCAAAACAAUUUUGGCAUUUGGAGUGCCAAUCAGAAAUCUAAUAUACUAUAUAAUUUUUUUAAAAAAUUUUACUCCAAUGGAGGGAGUAAGGAGCAGGAAGAUCCUUCACGUUCGGAGCACUACACUGAAGAAUUCCAUGAAAGUGACCGCGGAGAACCCGAAAAGCAGUCUUACUCUGGAGAGUAUGAAGAAGGCUCUCAAAAAGGUGAAGAAGCAGAAUCUAACCAUGAAGAACAUCAAGAAAAUCCAGAAAAUGCUGAAGAAAAUUCUUAUGAAGUAAUUUAUAUAUUAGAAUGAAGCCUAUGAAGCCGAAAAGCAAGAACCUAUCACAGAACCUCCUUAUCCUCUAACUAGCAACAUUGCUGCAGACAUUCUUGUCGGCGAAACCAAGCAGAAGAAAAUUUCUAUUUCAAACGACUCUGAUGAGGAGCAGCAAUACCACAUCGAAAUUACCAAUCCUGAGCUAAUUGAAAUAAAGGAGCAAGAUAUCUCCCUUCCUCCAAAUAGCAUAUGAAUUAAAAUGGCGUGGCUAGUCGCAUGUCUGCUAACAGCUGAAAUUAUCUCUUCUCUCAGCCAGGUUUUUUCAUUGCAAGGAGGUAGAACUUCAAGCUUGAAUGAGGAAGUCAGCACUAUCUCGGACAUCCAUUAGGCCAAUCAGGUAAAUCCUUAAUGCGAUUCCAGGAGUUAGGUCAGAGCUUUGAGUUUUAAUUUUGUUAGCAACCAACCAGAAAAUUUGAAUUUCAGGAAGCCAAACCUAGGUGAUGUGUUUCAUACUAACCCAGAGUCUCUGACUUUAUCUAGCAAGUGCAGGUUCUGGUCGGAAUAAACAAAAGGUGCACAAGUAGUGAAGCAAUUAUGGAUAGGAUUAGUAAACUGCAAACUUGCCUUAGGCUUUUCUAUAAGCAAUUAAUACUAAUGCCUCCAAAUGGCAAAGGAAAAAUCCAAUUAGUCUUUAAACCAAUUGACGAGCCUUGCCAGAAAACCACCUAUUUAAUUAUCCAGCAGGAUGGAGUAGUCAAGGACUGCUAUGAGAUCAAAAUAGAUUAUAUAACCAAUAGCUAG